UUUACCUUCAAAAAAUUGGUCAGUGUAACAAAGGAUACGCUAUUAGCGUCGUAUCUGGAUCUCUUUCCCCAUAAAUAGGGGAACUCUAGCACAUCCUGCAUACAUAAAUGUGCGCUCGUGCUAAAAGUCGUUCAAUAGACUGCGAGCCGUCAGAUAAUAACGACUCGUCAUGCCAUUGCGACUAUUCGUGCUGGUGAAUAUCGCCGUCGUUAUGACGCUUAGUGUCGCGUUUUCGGAAGGUGCGAACCACAUCAGCUCCGAUCAGAUCGAGAGACCGAUUAUGAUGCGACAGGGAAUUCGCGCUUUUCUGCCGGGUCAAGAUGCGAUGUCGCUUGUCAGAUCACCGUCUCUAUUCUUCUUGCAUCUGCUUAAGCACAAACUGCAGAUUCAGAAGCUGGAGAAGAUUACUACUACUACUACUACUACCACCGUUGCUACACCCACCAUGACCAACAGCAGCAGAAUUUGCAUCUGCGUACCGUUUUAUCAGUGCGAUGCUAAUCAGACCAUCAUCACCGAUGGCACGGGAGUGAUCGACGUCCGUUUUCGGAGAUGUCCCGGACCCUUUGAUGUCUGCUGUUACCUACCGAAUAUCACAAUACCGACACCUCCAAUGACGAGACCUCCAACAACAAUGAGUACAACCAGAAGACCGUCGACAGUCUUCCCUACUGGACCUCCGAAUCUCAAUUGCAUCUGCGUGGACAUAUCACUGUGCGAUCCAAACGGGAUAGUUACUAUUUCCGGAGAGGGUAUAAUAAACCCACGAGGUGGUUAUAGGCUGUGUCCCGGUGCCAACCGGGUCUGCUGCACAAUAUUGGCGACCACGAGUCGUCCCACGAACCCUCCGACCAGCCGUCCGACUACGAUGACUCCCGCACCCACGAUGACAACCUUACCACCUGGACAGAUUCAGCUGUGCUUUGUGUGCGGUAAUACCAUUCAGUGCAUCACCUGCGGAGUCAUCAUCACGCCCGGCGCGAUAGAUCCCAGAUUCCCCUUGUCGCAGAGUGACCUCUGCUCGAGGAGUUUGACGAACGAACCGCUUUGUCAGGACGGGACUAUGUCGUCCAGCGUGGAAGUUCUGGGCCCGUUGAAAAACUUAGGCACACCGCAGGCUUGCUACUGUAUCAAGACCUGGAUGUGUUCCGAAGAUAAUGUGGUCAAUCCGGACGGUUUGGGUGUAAUAGACUCGAGGUUCACCACGUGCUCGUCCGAGGACCAAGUAUGCUGCCGUUCCACAGGGAUGGAUGUUCAGAUCCUCCGCAGCGGCGAUACCUUCCUGUCAUCGCCCGAGCGUUUCAUCGCAAACAAUCCAUCCAGCUCUUUCUCACAGACGAUCUGCGGCAUACGGGACGCUAGUUACGCAUCGUCGCAGCCUUUUCCCGCUGACUCUGAAAAUACUUACUUCGCCGAGUUCCCAUGGAUGGUCGCACUUCUGGCAAAGUCCGCGACCGGAUCUUAUACCUUCCAAUGCGGUGCUUCAAUGAUCAAUGACAGGGCCGUCCUUACAGCCGCACAUUGCGUUGUAAAUCAGAAACCUGAAAAUCUAAUAGCACGGUUUGGUCAAUGGGACAUAGAGGAUAAGACUCAACCUCUGCCUGUUCAAGAAGCGAAUAUCCUCGCAAUAGUUAUUCACCCGACGUACUAUAGUGGCGGACUGUUCCAUGACAUAGCAGUUCUCGUUUUGGAGAAACCGGUCGUUUACAGCACAAACAUUCUGCCAAUUUGUCUGCCUGAACAAGGUAUGGUUUUCACGGCCGGGACCAGGUGCUACGGAACAGGAUGGGGUAGUAGUUCCCUCGGACCGGAAGGGAAGUACCAAGCGGAACUUCGAAAAGUUAACGUUCCCAUUGUCGAUCACGCCGAAUGCCAAACGCGUUUGCGAAGCACGAGGUUGGGCCAACAUUUCCAACUGCAUGGAUCGUUCAUCUGCGCGGGAGGUGAAGCAAAUAGAGAUACAUGUCGCGGUGACGGCGGUGGACCUUUGACCUGUCAGUCUGCUACGGGGCAAUUCCUCCAGGCUGGUAUCGUGUCGUGGGGCAUCGGUUGCGGAGCCUCUAACGUUCCUGCGGCAUACACCAGCGUAUCGCAGCACCGUCAAUGGAUAGACAAGCAGCUCGCGACUUACGGAGUCCAAUGAUGUGUAAUACUCUGCAUAAUAUGUCUAAUUUAACGACUGCCAUGUGUCUUAUGUAAUAUCGCUUAUGAAAUAUUCAGUAUAUAAUGUAUGUUUAGCGUAAGAAUAAGAAUAAAAUAUUAGAAUGACUGUUCCUUA